CAGAAACGGAGCCGGCGCCAUUCCUCCAUGCUUCAACAACUCAACUCACGAUGACGAAACGAGCAUUGCAACAACCUCUACCAGCGUGGGAAGAUUCAGCUGUGGAACGAGUACUUUGGGGAGAUCAGUCUCUUCCCGGCGUGGUAUCAAAGUCUGGUCGAAAGCAGCAUCGAAGCUGUGAUCAGUGCAGGAAAGGCAAAAAAGGGUGUGAUGCCAUCAUUCUGAAAGAUUUCGGAAAUGAUUUGGCCGAUGGUAAUGUAGAAGGUAGCUGGGGAAGAGGAACAUUUCCUCUGGGUCCAUGCUCGAACUGCACAAAAACUGGCAAGGAUUGCACCUUCGUAUGGCUUUUCUCACAAGAGAGAGACCGUGUCCGACGAACGAACAAUGGGCCAGGACCAUUUUCGAAGCGCACCAAGCUGCGAGCAACUGAAAUGCAGUCAGAUAUUCCGAGCCUGGGCAGUCUGUCAUCGAAUGGUUUCCGAGAACGUUCAAACUUUCUUUCCGCAUCGUCCUCAAUUCCCAAAAAGGUGCCACGUGCAGGCGGUGGACAGAGCGAACUCUCCUCUGUCGUCAGUCUUGACCACUCAGCCAGGCCUCCUUCGCCACGAUGGGACUUCGAUGACAUUUCGGAAGGGGAUAGUGUGUCUGCAAGUCCCAAAACUUUCUCCAGCACAUCGCAAUCUUGGAACAGAAGGACCUUUGAUGGAGAAGAAAUCGGCCAACCACUCCCAUUCUCAAAUUUCGUCUGGAGUGAGCCCCUCAACCCUGAGCCAUUCCACGAUAAAAACUCAGAAGGGGCAAAUAACCCAACAGGAUUCAAUUUUUCCGCUGCCUCUGACAUUUCUCAAAUUGGGGGGAAACAACCUCGCAACUCAAGGCGAAGGAAACGACCAUUCCAGACACCAGCCGAUAUCUCUCCUUUCUCCAUAUCAGAAAACAUGGCAACUUUCACCAAUAAGAGUCUUAUGACUAAGAAUUUGAUGAAGGUGUACCAUGAUAGCUUUGAAAAUGCACUAUCAUGCUGGUUGACAGAGAGGACGUGUCCUUACGGCAACCGAGCAUUAACUUCAAACUGCGCUGACUCAAUGGACCCAUCAAUGCUCCGCGAAUGGGGCCCUGAUUGGUCAAACAGAAUAUGUAGACGGGUCAUCAAUCUUGAUCGGAAGUCUGCUGUCGUUCGGGACAGGCCGCUGACCGGGUCCGAAGAGAAGGCAGCUUCUAGCGCACUAAACCUUGCAAUCAUGGCUUUUGCAACUCAGUGGUCUCAGUCGAGCCAGCGGAGCCAAGAAAAAUUUCAGUCUGUGAAUACGAACAAGGCCCCAUGGGAGGGGACCAACGAUCUCGUCAACGACGAGGCGCAAGGCACCGCCAGCCAUCAUUUGGACGACUUUAUACCUCCAGCAAUAGAGUUUGAUAGGAUCAUUCAAGAAUCACUUUGGGCUCAAGCAAGACGUGCAAUUCAAGAUGCAACACAUGUGGAAUCAUUUCGGGUUGUUUUUGCUCACAUCAUUUUUGGUCUUACUCAGAAACCACUGGGUGUCGACCAGCACUUCCCCUCCCCACGGUCAAAAGUCAGAAAAAGAUCUUCAAGAAGUUUACACACAGCUUUGACUCCAGAGAGUGAAUAUAACGAACAGAGUGGUUCCACGUCGGCGGCCACGGAUCGGGAAGCGCAUACCAGACUCGUCGGGGAGAUCGAAGAUAUUAUUGAUCGAGAUGGACCCCCGAUUUUCCUAGAACAAGGACUUCGCCACAUACAUACUCUCCGAUGCAAGGUGGAUGGAGGGAAGGUACAACGAUGGAAAUCCAAAGACGAAAGCGGACGGAUAAAGACGGGAGUUGACUCCAUCUCUGCACAGCUUACCCAGGAAGACAGAAAAACUGUGGAUCUGCUUUACUGGCUCGGAGUUAUGUUCGACACCCUCUCAGCCGCAAUACAUACCCGGCCACUCGUUGUAUCCGAUGAAGACAGCGAUAUACAUCUCGAAGUUGCUCCUGAUUCAAAUUAUCUAUGCCGGCACGGCCAUGACGGCGAAAGCAGUCAAGCCCUACUGAUGGAACAACAUAUUCCGGAUCGUUUAAUGCCAACAAGUACUUCAAAGCUCUGGAGCAUGUUUUUCUUUCAAGAACAAGCUCUUCGUAAUAGGACCCCACCUAUCCGCUGGCCAUGUUCGUACCAGUCUGCAGCAACUGCGCUCGCCGAUGCUGCUCCCAUCAAAGUCUUGCUCUUCCGCAGAGUCACACGAAUACAAACCUUGAUAUCAAGACAUGUCCACGGAGAGCAGCUGGAAGAAGCCAUAAAAGACGCUCUCCAUGUGCAUCAAUACUGGAAUGCCUUGUAUGGACCUUUUAUCCUCGACCUCGUCGCUCAUCACGACCAACUUCCCGCUCGGAUUCAAUCUUGGUACAUCUGCCUAACCGGACACUGGCACCUUGCAGUACUUCUGCUCGCCGAUGCCAUCCAAGCUAUCGACACCGGCGGCCAGUUAGGUCUCGAAUCUCAGCGUCGCUGGCGCGAAUCAUGUGGCCUGGUCACUGCUCUCCGCCGACGUACAUCACAUGCUGUCGCCGACCUGGCAAGAUGUUCCUGUCCGAGGGACGAUGCAUCUUUCCCUGACGCAGGCGAAUUCCAUUAUGCGAUGAAUCAAGGAGCCCUACUUACCGAGCCGUGGACUGAGGUCUUGAUUCGUGUGUUUGCUAAAGCUGGAGCUUUACUCCUGGCCGAUGCAGCAAUGUCUAAGUAUGGAACUGAUCCCGUGAAAGGCUGCAAGCAGGCCUUAGAGUGUAGUGAAUCGUGCGUUGAAGCUUUGUGGUACUUGGGCAGAAAGUCUGAUAUGGCGUUCCUUGCGGCCAAAGUGUUAACAAAGGCUUUGAAGGACGCCGGGGAGAAGAUGGUCACUGCGGAAAUGUCCCGGAUUUCAGAAGAAUGGCUUGAACCUGGAUUCUCGGUGGACGACGACUUCUCUUUUUCUGGAUUGUCAGCUGAGAUGAACGGUUUUGCUCAGACAGGUGGAGAUGCUAAGUUUGGAUUCUUAGAGGAAGAUGCAAUGCAGAAUUUUCACGUUGAUUUGAUGGGCGUUGAUCAUUUCGAGUCACUUAUAUGACAUCUUCGUUCCUAUGAGUAGCAUACAAAGUCGUGCCAUUGGAGUAUACAGAUUCAACUUAAAUCAAAAAGC